UAUUGAAAAAAAAAACAAAGGUGCUGAUGAAGCUGUAGAUGUCUAAUUGUAAUCUCAUAUUAUAAAAAUAACAAAAAUAACAACAACAAUUGAUGGUAUGAGAAGAUAGAUGCCAAAUAUAUAUUGUGUAAGUACCAUGUUGUUGGUGCUGUCAAAGUAUUAUUUGAUAGACAGUGUAUUUCUGUUUUUUUUUAAUUGUUAAUUAAUAAUGUACAAUGUAUGACACAACAUUGAGUAUAAUUUACAAGUACAAGCUCAUGUUGAUGUUGUUAAUGAUGCACUUGCGUUGAUAGUUUAUAAUCAACGUAUUACAUUUAAUGAUAAUUUGUUGAGUCUAGCUUCAUAAACAAAAAAAUAAUAUAUACAAUGUGUUUUUAUUGUUUAGCAGCUGAUGAGUCUGGAUGUUUUACAUAAAUUCAAUAUGUAUUUUCAUACGAUCGCAUAUCAUGAGGCAGUUCAUCAAACGGAAGAUUUGUGACAGCAACAACAUCAACACCUGGUAGCAUAAAAUGACUUGUGAAUAUAAAAUCAUAUAAUCAAAGACUCUAAAACUAAAUAACGUGUAUUGUCCAUAACUUCAUCCGCGAAAAUCACAUCACGUUGAUAUAUUGUUGAUGCUCAUACAAUUUAAGUCGGUUUGUUUGUUGUUAUUAAACACUCAGUAACCUUAUUUUGAUUAUUUUUGAUUUAAUGUAUGCGAUACAAUACUGAUUGAUAAGACAACGUGGCGUGUUUUAAUAAUUCAUUAAUAACGUGAAAAAAACCAAAUGAAUAUUAGCUUCUUCCCAUUGUUUGAUGUGAUUCGUUCAAUUUUUAUAUUAACAUUACUAAUCAUUCCAAACUUUUUGUUCUAACUGUCGUUGCUGAUCGAGUAAAAGUACAUUUUUCAAUUGUCUCUAAAAAUUUAUCGUGCGUGUCCAACUUGAACUGAUAGAUUAGUUUUAACUUUUCAUGAAUGAAGUUUUGUUAGUAUUAGAGUCCGGGUUAAAAUCAGUAUUAGAGUCAGUGUUGAAAUUUGUAUUAGGGUUAUUUUCUGAUCGAGUGAUCGCGAUAGUUGUGUUCGUAGUGGUGACAACAAAUGAUUCAACUGCUUGAGACGACUUCAAUACAUCUGGACAUUACCCCAAAGAGUUUUUGAGGUUAUAUAUUGCUGUCUCACAGGCUAUUUAAUCGUACAUCUUUCAAGAAUUUUGCAAAGGGCAUUUGAUGAUGACAUGAAUUUUAAUGGGACAAAUCAAUGACACAACAGCUCAACAAUUUCAACUGCAGUAAAGAUGAUAUGAAUUACAUAGAACAAGUCAACAAGGACAACAAUCAACAAUCUACAUCAUCAACUAUAGAAAAGCUUGGACAAUAUUAUGCUGGAGAUGCCAAUCAAAUGACAUCAGGCAUGUGAAAAAUAAUUAUGAGACACAGAGGAUGAUGUGUGUAUCGAUAGGACAAGCUGAUGAUCAUAAAUCAACUGCAGAAAUGUUACUUUCACACAAGGCACGUGUACACGUGCAAGGGAUCUCUCGAUAAAUUGCUGCCGGGCAUUUGUACAAUUGUACGCAGGUCAAGGAGUUCAAGUGAAAGUAUUAAAUAUCAGUAUGGCCUCCAGAUAGAUUGGCAAAAUCGAUAAACAAGAUGUUAAAAAAUAAAAAAAUGAUGAUGAGAUCAUAUUGGAAACACAUAUGGUCUUUCGUUGUAUAUGUUCAGCAACAAUGAUCCUGAGGCUAUGUACCUGGUGUAUGUAUUUUACAAAGUAGGCGCCAUCCAGAAAUUAAUGUAAAUUGUUUUAUAAUUGUUUAUAUAUGUACAAGAAGAAGGCGGUUACUGGAUUGGACACCUCUUGAUUUCCGUGGUGCAUGAUAAUCGUCCUGCAUGCCAGUCGAGCCAUGACAUAGAAAGCACAUUCCUUUAGAAUCAUUGGGAUGAGGCUUUCAACCUAGAUAUUGCAUGAUGCAAACUGUCCCCUUCCACAAAUUUCACGUCUCUUUCUUUUUUUUCAUUUUUGCAAAAUAUAUUUCUGGUCUCAGUCGUCGCGAAUACCAGAAAUAUCGUAAAAUAAUAAAUUUAUAAAAAAAAAAAAAUACUUUGCAAAUAAGAGAAAGGGGGCAAAAAAGAGGGGGAUACGAUAAAAUGAAGAUCUGAAAUUGAGUUGAUGAAAAAAUAGACAGAAGGGGAAAUCAUCAAGUUCUCAUGUUAUUUUAACAUACAAAAUACCUUUCAUGAUAUCAACAACAAACUCAAGUGGGAUUGGUUAAAGAGAAGUUGGCUUGAGACAGUCAGUUGGACACAUUCAAUCGACAGUUUGCAUCAAGACACCAUGAGAAGCCGAUCAUCAUCAUCAUCGACAUCCAGGGGUGGUUACCUUGGUCUAGUCACCUUAUUUCUGCUUCUAGCCACACAUGUUUCCAGUGAAGAAUAUUAUGGAAAAUUAAUUGGCAAAUUAUCAGAGCUUCAUCAUGGAGUUAGUGGUGAAGUUUAUGCUGUUGAUGGUAGAACAUUGUUCAUCAAAGAUUUUACUUAUGACGGUCAAGGACCAGCUGCCUAUUUUUAUGCUGGUAAUUCAAUGACGCCAAUAACAAAUGGAUUUAAAAUACGAGAUGAAAGAGGAAUGUCUGCUCCAUUAAAGAGAUACAGAAAAAAGGGUAUUACAUUGACAUUGCCAGAGAGAAAAACAUUGAAUAAUAUUAAAUGGUUUUCUGUUUGGUGUGAUGAUUUUUCCGUAAACUUUGGAGAUGUUAAAAUACCACGUAACUUUGAUUAUCCAAAACCACAAAAAUUAGCUGGUUUAAAUGGUGUUCAUGGAGUGAGUUCAGAACCGAUAGUUAUAGUUGAUGCACAGACUUUAUUAAUUCCAAGUUUUAGCUAUGAUGGUGAAGCACCAGAUGCCAAAUUUUGGGUUGGAUCUGGAGCAUAUCCAUCACCACAAGGUCAUCGUGUACCUGAUGAAAAUGGAAAAAUAACUCCACUUCGUCGUUAUGAUAGAAAAACAAUUGUAUUGACAUUACCAAAAGAUUUGACAGUCUUUCAACUUGGACAUUUUGGUGUUUGGUGUGAAGCAUUUACUGUUGAUUUUGGACAUGUUAAAAUACCCCAAAGUUUAAAUGUACCACCAUCUCUCAAAAUGCUUGGCGUUUCACCACAGUCAAAACUAAAUUGUGAAGUACUUGAAGACAAUCUGGCAUUUGAAGUAAGAUGGGCCGUGGCCGGAGACAGUAUCGUUUUUCAACUUGUCAGCAAACUUGAUGCCGGACAGUACAUGUCAUUUGGUUUAUCAGCAAAUCCACAACGAAGUGUUAUGAUUGGUGGUGAUAUUGUUGUUGCAUGGGUUGAUAAAGAGACACUUCAAGGAUAUGCUAUUGACUAUUUUCUAGAUGCAAAAUCACAAUGUUCUGGUGGUAGAGGAAGUUGUCCUGAUAUACGUAUUCAGGAAAAUACAAAUUCAAUUCGUUUAUUAAAUGCGGCAAUGGUAAAUGGUUAUAGUAUCGUGACAUAUCAACGACCACUGAUAGCAUCUGACGAACUUGAUCGUCAAAUAUUGACAAAUGGUUCUCAGGCAAUAAUCUGGGGAAUUGGUCCUCUCAACGAAAGAAAUGAGGUCAGCUUUCACACUCAUUAUUUAAAGACAGAUAAAUUUAUUGAAUUUGGACGUGCACCAUCAUGGAACUGUCCAAUGCCUGACACUGAGCCAUCACCAACUCAGACAAUUGAUAAUUUUGAUAAAAUAAGUAAUAGUAAUAGUAAUAGUAACAGUAUAAAUAAUAAUAAUAAUAAUAACAACAAACAAGAUGUUGCAAUAACAACAAGACGACCACCAUCAAGAUUACCAGCAACACCAGCACCUGCUGCAACUAAAGAUGCCUGGGAAAUUCCACCGAUUCAAUGUUAUGAGCCUGAAGAUGGUGUCUUUUAUGCACAGAUGGGUCCAACUGGUGGUAAACAUGGUUAUCCCGCUAUAACUGGACACGUUGGAUGGGGAAUAUCUUGGUAUAUCAAUGGUUUACUUAUACCUGAAAUUAAUGUUAUAAGAGGCAAAACAUAUACGUUUGUUGUUGAGGGUGGUGAUGAUUCAGAAAUACCAGCACGUUAUCAUCCAUUCUACAUAACUGAUGAUUCUGUUGGAGGAUAUCAGCACAAGACACCUGAAGAAAAAGCUAAAGUUAAAAUAUUUGCUGGAGUUCAACGUCAAAGAGGUUCAGUUCGUGCUAUAGGUGUUGGAAGAUUAUGUAACUGGAUACCUGAUGAGGAUCAGCCAUCUGCUGAUGAGUUUUCAUCAUUUGGAGCUUAUCAAAGAACUUUAUCACUCAAGUGUGAUCAUGGUGAGCCUGGAGUUGUCACAUGGACACCCGAUGAAAAUACUCCAGAUACUGUUUACUAUCAGUGCUUUACUCACCGUUUUCUUGGAUGGAAGAUCAAUGUUCUUGACAGCUGUGAUGUUGCUGCUCCUAGUGAAACCCAUGAGAUUUAUGCGAGUGCUCCAUCAAGCCAACAGGAGCCAAGUGAUGAUCUUGAAUCAGCAGGCAGCAUUAACGUUAACACCAAGGUAACACCAGCACCAGAUUUCUACCAGGGCCAACUGGAACAUGAUCGUCAGCAACUCAACUAUGGAAAUAUGAAAACCAUGUAUCCACCUCCAUCAUCAUCAUCAUCAUCAUCAUCUUCAUCAUCUUCAACAUUUUUAUCAGCACCAUCAGCAUCAUUAGCUUCAUCAUCACAACCAGCCACAGUAUAUAUUUUUCCAAAUCGUCAAACAACAGCAGUAGCACCACUACCACAACUACCACCACCAUCAUCACCAGUAGAAAUGAAUAAAUCCCCACCGAUGAUGAUUCUUCGACGACCAGGUAAAAGACCACAAAUUAUUCAACCUGAAGUUAUGUCAUCACCCCCAUUACGUUAUACAGAACGUAAAAAAGUUAUAUAUCGACCAACAAAAAUUCAACCAACAAAUAAAUUUAUAAAAAAUGAUAAACAAAAAUUAUCAACAAAAAUUGAAUCAAAAAUAUCGACAGAUGAUAUUAGUGAUAAUGUUAAACCAGCAAAAAAUACUGGUUUUGAUCCGGAUUCAAUUGUUAUUGAGGGUGGUUUUAAGCCAAUAAUUCGUGCUAUCGAUCGUGAUGAAAAUAUGGCAAGAAGCCAAGAUUAUUUCCAGUCAUACUGGGAUAAUAAUAAUAAUAAUAACGAUAAUAACAUCAAUAAUAAUAAUCAGAAUAAUAAUAGUAAUAAUAAUAAUAAAAAUAGUAAUAAUAAUGAAGAUAAAAAUAUUAAAGAAAAUAAUUUUGAGCCAAUAUAUUCACCCCAAUUACAUUCUGAAAUUAAAAAAUCAAAAAAAAAAGUACAAAGUGGUGGUAAAAUAAAGCAUCAACGUCUUGAUAAUAUUGAUGAUAUGGACAUGGCUGCUGAUGGCUUAGAUGCAUAUUAUUUACCACCAACUGGAAUAAAAAAUGAUAAUAAUAAAAUAAAUAUUGGUACAUUGAUUACAUAUGAUGGUAAAAAAGUAAAGGAUUCAAAUCUUGCAAGAUCAAUACCACCAACAAUUCAAGAUGAUAAUAAAUCACAUGAUGAUAUCCAUAGUUCAAUUAGUUCACACAGUAGACUCACUGAUUUACUAAGUAAAACACCACAAUUUGGUAAAUUUCGUGGUGAAUUACCACCACUAAUAUCAACAGAUAUAAAUACUGAAAAUUUGGCUCAACUUGAUCCACGUGCUACAACAAAACUUAAUGUAAGAACAAAACGAUCAACAAAUGAUCAUUAUAAAAAUUCAACUAAAAAAAAUGAUGACGAUAAUGCUCAUGAUUUUCAUGAAGGAUCAUCAACAUUUGCCAGCACUGGACACAUAUUAUUUACCAAUCUUGAGUAUGUUGCAUUAACAAUCAUCCUGUACUUUGUCCUUUAGAACUUUUUUUUUCUUUUUUUUUUCAUCUUUUAUCUGAUAUUAAUUUUUUUCGUCUUCUUCUCUUUUUUUUUUUUGUUUCUUUUCUUGAAUAUAUCUUGCUAUCGUGCCAAGUCAAUCGAUCCACA